AUGGCUCCCACAGAAGAAGAGGCCCGCAAAGCCCUCGAAACCCUCAUCACAACCGCAUCAACACUCCUCGAACAACUUCAAUCCAUCCUAACAUCCAUCCAACGCAGCCCAACCACCCCCUCUGCCUCAUCCACCGAAACAACCGACAUCGACGCCCUCGCUCUAGCCCGCGAUUGCUCCUCCCUCAUCCGUGCCCACGGCACAAAGAUUUCUCUUCUUAUCAUCAACGAACCCUUCACGCCCAGCGCUUUAACCACCGUUGUCCGCGAACUCGUCAAAGGUCCCAUCCCCGGCCUCGCAUCCGCCGCGCAAGCCUGCGAGACAAAACUCUAUACCUCCGUUGUCCGAAAAGAACUUGCGUAUCGUGCUCAAAAGGUCCUCGCUGAGUUAUUAAACCUUUUAAAUCGUGUGCCGAAAGAUGGCAAAGUUUUGGCAGGUGUGGGGAGGGAUAGCGGUUCGGGAAGUUUGGCGCUGACGGGUAUGCUUUGGUCUGCGUGUGAUGAAGUCGUUGCAUUGGCGAAUAUGGGCGUUGGAGGCUUUUUUGUGAAAAAAGCUGAGGAGUGGAGGGAUACACUCAAGGAUGUUAUGGAGGAAUUAAAGGAGUGGGGUGAAGAAGAAGACGAUGAUGAAGAUGAAGUGGAUGAUCUGGCAGACAAGAUGAACGACGCAUCAUUGUCCAACCAAGAAAUGCUCGACGAAAUCAUGAACUCUUCAUCCGCCAUUCCCCGUUCCGACCCCGAUAAAAUCCGCCCGCGCCUCGACUCAACCCUCAAGCGUCUACGCAUGGUAGUUCUUCUAUACCAGGCCCUUUCGAAGCGCCGUUUCAAGAAAUUACCCAAGGAUACUACCAAGGGAGAUAUGCCAGCCAAGCUGGACACUACUGCGAAUGUGUUGGCAGCGUUGCCGGAUAAGUUUGGUGAUCUGGCAGAGGCAUUUUACGAAUUGGACGGCGAGGAGAUCGAUAACCUUAUGGAAGAGUGUUUUGAGAGUGCGGUCGGUGUGAGUGAGGUUCUCAAGAUUGGUUGGGAGGGUGAGAGUGAUGAGUUUAGUGAGUGGAUGGAAAAGUUCAAGGUCGAAGUCAAGAAGUCAUAG